AUGGAUACCAUAAACUUAGAUUUUGAUGAUGAGUGUAAUAUUACUCCAUUUUCAGAUAAAUCUGAAAAGAACAGUUCUUCUAUCAAUGAUGGCACUAACAAAAAGAGACAACGUAGAAAGACAUCAGCUGCUUGGGAUGAAUUCUAUUUGUUACCUAUAGAUGUUGAUGGAAAACAGAAGGCAAAAUGUAAAAAAUGUGGGGCUGAAUAUGUUGCUAAUGCUUCAACUCAUGGGACGGCAAAUUUGAGACGCCACAUUAAUAAUUGUCCAUUACGUGAUAACUAUGAUGUGAAGCAGAUGCACAUGGAUUACGGAACCAAACUUCAUGCGAAAAAAAUUGAGCAAGAUGUUUAUCGUGAGAAGAUGGCAAUUGCUGUAAUAAAACAUUGUUAUCCUUUUUCAUGGGUUGAGCAUGAAGGAAAUCGAGAUGUGCAUAAAUAUCUUAAUCCUGAUGUUAAACCAAUUGCUAGGAACACUGCUAAAGCUGAUAUUAUUAACUUUUCUCACAUGCCACCCCCACAUUCAGGAGUUGCUUUGUCAGAAAAAACAUUUAGUGUAUUGAAGGAAUGGGGUAUUGAUAGGAAGAUAUUUUCCAUCACAUUGGAUAAUGCAACUGCUAAUGAUAGUAUGCAAGAUAUUCUUUCAAGUCAAUUGUCUUUGCAAGCACCUUUAGUAAGUGGCGGUGAAUAUUUUCAUGUAAGGUGUUGUGCUCAUAUUUUGAAUCUUAUUGUUCAAGAAGGCUUAAAAGUGAUUGAAUGUGUUGUGUAUAACAUUAGAGAAAGUGUCAAGUACAUUAAGGGUUCAGAAGGAAGAAAACUUAAGUUUGAAGAGUGCAUUAAACGAGUUGGUAUACUUGCUUCAAUCAGUUUGCGCUUGGAUGUACCAACUAGGUGGAAUUCAACUUUCAUGAUGAUAGAAAGUGCACUCAUAUAUCGACGGGCUUUAAUUCAUUAUGCUUUACUUGAUGCAAAUUAUAAGUAUUGUCCGUCAAAUGAAGAGUGGAAUAGAGCUGAGGUCAUUUGCAAUUUCUUGAAGCCAUUUUACGACAUGACAAAACUCUUCUCGGGUUCGGAUUAUCCUACAUCUAAUUUGUAUUUUUCAAAUAUAUGGAAAAUUCAAUUGCAUUUACUUGAAACAAUGGAAAAUCCGGACUGCAUUGUUAAUGGUAUGGCUGCAAAAUGA